GCCGUGUUGUCGGGAUAGGUAGGAAGUCGGUAGGACAUGGGCUGAAACGCGAGCGGCGGAUCGCGGCGGAUCGCGGCGGAUCCCAGACACUGGUGCUUGGCGGUGGAAUGUGCAGCCGCCGCGGAGAUGCCUUACGUGGAUCGGCAGAACCGCUUCUGCGGGUUCCUGGACAUCGAGGAGAACGAGAACAGCGGCAAGUUCCUGCGGCGCUACUUCAUCUUGGACACGCAGGCGGGCAGCCUGCUCUGGUACAUGGACAAUCCCCAGAACCUGCCCAAAGGUGCGGAGCAUGUGGGCUCCCUUAAGCUCACUUACAUCUCAAAGGUCAGCGAUGCCACCAAGCAAAGACCAAAGGCUGAAUUCUGCUUUGUCAUCAAUGCCGGCAUGAGGAAAGUCUUCCUGCAAGCGAACGACCAGCAGGACCUGGUGGAGUGGGUGACCGUACUCAAUAAUGCCACCAAAAUCACAGUGCCAAAAUCGGGCGACGGGCAGCCCAACCUGGAGGGCCCCCCGGAGAGUAAGAAGCAGGUGUCCUACAAGACGGAGAUAAUCGGAGGGGUGCCCAUCAUCACGCCCACCCAGCAGGAAGGCGGGGAGGGUCCGAACGGGCCGGGCGUGAAGCGGUCACACAGCCAGCAUCCUUACUACGGGGGUCGACCGCUGCAGGACCACGCGGUCAUCAAGGCAGGCUACUGCGUGAAGCAGGGUGCCGUGAUGAAGAACUGGAAGAGGAGAUACUUCAUGCUGGAUGAAAACUCCGUGAGUUACUUCAAGUCAGACUUGGACAAAGAACCCCUCCGGAUGAUUCCACUGAGGGACGUGCAGAAAGUUCAGGAGUGCAAGCAGAGUGACAUUUUGAUGAGGGACAACCUCUUUGAAGUUGUCACCAGUUCUAGGACCUUUUAUGUUCAGUCGGACAGCCCAGAGGAGAUGCACAGCUGGAUCAAGGCCAUCUCUGGUGCGAUUGUGGCCCAGCGGGGUCCAGGCAGAUCUGCAGCCUCCGAGCACGCCGACCACUACGCCCCUUCUGGUUUCCACUGCAGUAACCAGGCCCCCCCCGUGCCUCGCUCGCCCCUCCACUCGGCAGCGUCCCCGCCCUGCCCCCCAGCGCUGUGGGAACGCCCUCACUUGCCCCCCAGCUGGGUCCCCACAGCCUGGCCUGGGACAGCGAGGACUUCACGAGCCUCCUGCCCCGUUCGCGGCUGUCCCUGCCGGAGGCCGGCGUUCGCCAUCGCCCUGGAGACGCCGCGUGGUAGAACCUCCUCCUCCCCCGGCGCCGCCUGGCUCUGUGGACGCAGACUUGCCAAUCACACAGGUGUGACCCCACCCACCCUCUUUCUGAUAGGCCCGUCACCAGGCCAGCAUCACGAUGGGGGUGGAGCAACCAGUGGGUGUAUAUGCAUAUAUGUAUAUGUGUAUAAGCAGCCGAAGAGAGACACGGGACAGAAGGCGGACCGGACCACUUUGGACCUCUUCAAAGAUCCCAGGCCAUAGGUGUGGCAGUGCAGAAUGGGUUCCUUCUUUGUCUUAUUCUUCUUUAUUGCAGAUUCACUUCAUCUGGGUCCUUCAUCUUAGGCCACAUGGCAGUGGGACGACUGCGCCUUCAGCUCCUGAGCAUUUUCAUUAUUUCUUUUAAUUCUUUUUGUGGUUGUUUUGGUACAAACCGAGCAGAGCUGUAAGACAAAAUCUCGUGUGGCACUGGAAACAAGUUUAAACGGUGACGUUUUAACCCAAAGAUUUCAGCAGACUUGUCAUAGAUCUAUUUCUCCACAUUCGGUGUUUCGCAGCGCGAUCCUUUGGGACCCACAGUCGGUCCAUGUUUGCGCUCCCUCCGAGCUCCCUGCCAGACAGCUGGGAGGGAGCAAAAACUGGACUGUCUGUGGGUCCCCGAGGACCGGAUUUGGAAACUUCUUUGGGCUUCUGGGACGUCCAGACUCUCUGAGUCAUUUAAACAUUGGACAGGUUGUAGGGAAACGUCCCUUUCAUUUACAGUGGUGCGGAUGCCCAAGUCGUCAUGCCUGUGAAUUUACUCUCUUAAUCUGUAACACUAAAUGUGACGCCGGGCGCCCUUGAUGAAAAUGAUGCAUUUCUGUGCCGUCACCGUUAUGCUUUGGAAAUUCGCAGUAGGAGUCGUAGGCACACAGCAAGAACGACUCACACCACUCUGGAUUUUCCGUGCGACCAGCCUGUCUCCGGUUGGCGUUUAAUGUUGCUUUACUUACACAAAAAUAUUCUGAGGGCAGAAGGAAAAGUGAUUGGUUCAGAGAGAUUACCAAUUAGACCACAGAAGAGGUGGGUCCAACCAAUCGAAUGUCUUAGCCCCGCCUCCUCUACUUGUUUGAACCACCUACUCUACAAUCUGAUUGGGUCUGGUCCGAUCGUUUUUUUUCUUCUGCCCUCAGAACACAUUUGUGUAAGUGAAACUCCCACGAGCUCUACACUAUCACUAAAUGUCAGUCGUGUUCACCGCUAAUAGGUCCCCAGGAGUGCUUUUGGUCACCCACCGUCAGGGCAACUGCACCCCCAUGCUGAUGUGUGAGCUCUUUCAGAGAGGGAGGGAGAGCGCAGACCCAGGAGUUGUGUGGGGGAGAGCUGGUAAUAUUAGCUGUAGCGUAGCUGUCUUUUUUGUGGAUAUAUUUUAGCACAGUUUUAAUGAGGUUAGUUUCUGUUUGUUGAGGUGCAUUUUGUGCCUGAUUAGUGUUAUUGGCUCUGCCUUCGGUUUUUUAGUCGCCUUGUGUCCGUGUUGCACAACUUCCCACUGUAUAGCUGUAAAGUGCCUGCAUUCUUGUAUAUAUAAAACAAGCUAUUUUAAUCCUGUUUUUUUAAUACUAUAACUGUGUAACGCAUCCCCGGAUAAAUGUGCAUUAUUUAUUACUCAGAGUUUAAAAUAAAUCAGUGAAUCUCUGA